AAUUUGGUUAGAAAUUGUUGGACUGUUCCGUGUAAUUGUUUCUUUCUGAAAUCGUCCCCGCUUUCAGUCGCACUAUCCGUUUAUACACCAUAUAGCUUUCAGUCUCCGUCUCUUUGAGCUACCGAUUUACUGGAUUCCGGCCGUUCAUCUGAAAAAAUGGCUGAAAGUUCCGAUUCAACAUCACUUGACAAAGAGAGUGUCAGCACCACUGCAAAUAACAAACGCGAAGCUCAUCCUGAUAGCUCGGAUUCCGUAACAAAGAAGUUGAGAAGUAGCGACACUCAUGACGAGCCGAAGACUGAAAUCACUGUCCCGAAAAAUGGAUGUGAAUUGUAUUUUGAAAUAGAAGCUGAUGCAGCUGAGGAUAAGGGUUCCAGACACACCAUGGAGGAUGCUUCUGUUGUUCUUCCUGAUGCUGGCCUUGAAUUUCCCGGGAAAUUGAGAUGUGCACAUUUUGCAAUAUAUGAUGGGCAUGGAGGUCGAUUAGCUGCUGAGUAUGCCCGGAAGCAUUUACAUGACAAUGUUCUAUCUGCAGGCUUACCACGUGAGUUGUUGGAUAUUAAAGCAGCCAAAAAGGCCAUACUCGAAGGUAUGGUACUGGGCUUCUUUGCUAGAUAUGAGAACUUGAUAUUCUUGCUCCUUCGCCUGUUUUCAAUUGAUCCAACUAUUGAUAUUACUCAUGGUGGAUUUAUGUAUUCUCAUUUCCAUCUAUCAGGAUUUAGGAGAACUGACGAGUCUCUUCUUCAGGAAAGCACCAAAGGUGGUUGGCAAGAUGGAGCGGCUGCAGUAUGUGUCUGGGUAUUAGGAUCCAAAGUGUUUGUUGCUAAUAUUGGAGAUGCAAAAGCAAUUUUAGCUCGGUCAUCUCCUAGUGAUGGUUCAAACAACACUUCUGAUGGAUCAACUCCAAUAAAGGCCAUAGUCUUGACCAGGGAACACAAGGCUAUAUAUCCUCAAGAACGUGCACGUAUCCAAAAAGCUGGGGGAUCUGUCAGUUCUAAUGGACGAUUGCAAGCGCGCCUUGAAGUUUCCAGAGCUUUCGGAGAUCGGCAGUUCAAGAAGGUUGGUGUCAUUGCAACUCCAGAUGUUCACUCAUUUGACCUUACCGAGAGAGACCACUUUAUCAUUCUUGGCUGUGAUGGCUUGUGGGGGGUUUUUGGGCCAAGUGAUGCUGUUGAUUUUGUUCAGAAGCUAUUAAAGGAGGGGCUAUCUGUGAAAGCUGCGAGUCGCCACCUUGUGCGAGAGGCAGUCCGAGAGCGUCAAUGCAAAGAUAACUGCUCCGCUGUUGUAAUUGCAUUCAGGAAAAAGCAGUAAAACUCCGAAAUUUGUUCAAAAAGAAUCUUAGAGUCUAGACAACCAGAUUCGGUCUUGUUCUGUGGUCCAUACUUUGUGAUGAUUGGGUUUUGUAUCAUGGUUUCAUCUAAUGUAGUUGCAGAUCCUUACGUCUCAGAUCUCUUGGCUUUUGACAAGCUGUGCAAUUUGUUGUAGAAAAUAGGUCAGUCUUUGAAAUCUUUUCCAGCACAAGACAUGUAUAAAACAUCCAAGUUGGAUAAAUUAUCAUGCAACUAAUCGUGUUAAUAUUCGUUCGAUUUUUUUCAAA